AUGGGGUUAUUCGGUGCCAGUGCUGGUGGAAAUGGCGGCAUAUGGGGAAUGGGGUCGUGUCAUCUCAAUAUUCAGAAGAGGAGUGACGGUAAGAGGAACAGAACCAGUGGAAAUUCGAAAUCCUCAAGCUCAGUGGAAGCCACAGGAGGCACUGCCGGUAAACGGUUCCCACUCAAGCAAGCUGCCACCGCUGCCAACCUUGCCCUCACCGGCGACACCAUUGCUCAGAAAGCGGUGGCGACCCAGACUUUUUUUCCAUAUAACAAUCACUUCAAUUAUGAACUUGUUGCUCCCUUGCCUAUAUCUGUUAGUGAACAUGAGGAAGAUAUAUUACAUGACAAUAACUCCCAGCCACUAUCUGCUGCUCAACCCAGUACUGAAUCAUGUAUUGCCAGGGAUAACAACAGUCUGCCACUUGCAAUAAGUCCUGAAAUUGAUACACAAAGACUAGCACACAAUCUGAUUGCCACACCAGCUACCCCAAGAAGAAGUAACAGACAGAAAACAACUCCUCAUUGGCUUCAAGAUUUCGUGACUAAUUUCAGUCACAGUGACAAUAUUCAGUCUGAUAUUCAACCUGACAGUCAACCAUCAGUCGCCUCCCAUUCUUCACAUUCUAAUCUAAUGUAUCAGUUCCUUGAUCAUAGCAUGCGAAAGCAAACUGUUGAGAACUUAUUGAUGAAGGUUUUGUUAAAUCAAAUUGUACUAGGUCCAACUGUAAUUGCUGUUGUUUUUGCAUGGAGCAAUUUGUGGAAAGGGAAACUUGCAGAGCUUCCAAAUAAAUACAAAAAAGAUGCCCUUCCUACCCUUUUUUGCAGCUGCUGCGAAUCUGGAAUUGCAGCAGCAGCUGCUGCGAAUCAGCCAACGACGACGCUGUUGGGGUAUGUGGGUGGGUUACUUCGACGCCGUGGGUGUGGCGGAUUGCUGUUGUUGGCUGUUGGUGGUGGUGGUUGGUUGGUGGUGGUGGUUGUGGUUGGCUGUUGGUCUAUUGUUGUUGGGGUUGGUGGAUCUAUUGUUGUUGGCUGGCGGUGGUGGUUGUGGUUGGCUGUUUGUGGUGGUGGAUCUAUUGUUGGCUGGUGGUGGUGGUUGUGGUUGGCUGUUGGUCUAUUGUUGUUGGGGUUGGUGGAUCUAUUGUUGUUUGCUGGCGGUGGUGGUUGUGGUUGGCUGUUGGUGUUAUACCAGGAAACAGAAACUCUUGAAAUGACAUUCCAUUUCAAUCUUCAGGAUUGUCCCCCUUCAAGCCCGCGUUGCUUUCAUGUCCAUGGCCUCAAUAUUCUGGAACUUCUUCUUGUCCUCAACUCUGAGCAAGUGAAUGCUGCAGAACUUAUAUCCAUGGAUGCCUAUGUGAUAGUUUGA